CAUAUCCAUAUCUUUGACACAUAUGGUUUGAGACAAAAGGUGAACAUGGCCAGGAUCUUCAAUCAGGAUGUGGAAUUUGUACGAACGGGGUAUGGGAAGAAUUCCGUGAAGGUUCUUCAUAUCCGACGAGAGGGGACGCAUCACUACAUUAAGGAGAUAAAAGCUGAUGUACAACUGACACUGAAGACACGCAAGGAUUAUCUGAAUGGGGACAAUGGUGAUAUCAUUCCCACUGACACCAUUAAGAACACUGUGCACGCACUGGCCAAGUUAAAAGGGAUCAAGACAAUAGAAGAGUUUGCUAUGGACAUCUGUGAACACUUCCUGACUUCUUUCAAACAUGUCACAAGAGCCAAGGUGUACAUUGAAGACAUGCCAUGGAGGAAGCUGAGGAAGGAUGGUGCUCAGCAUGCCCAUGCAUUCAUCUUCAGCCCAGAGGCUUGGCGGUUCUGUGAUGUUGAACAAUAUCGAAAUGAGAACCCUGUAAUCCACAGUGGUGUGAAGGACAUGAAGGUUUUGAAAACAACCCAGUCAGGCUUCGAGGGAUUCUUGAAGGAUCAGUUCACCACUUUGCAGGAUGCCAGAGACAGGUUCUUCUGUACCACAGUGCAUGCCCGCUGGCGCUACAAUAAGGACAGAAACAUGUCCUUCGACACCACCUGGAAAACCGUAAAAGAUACCAUUAUCGAGAAGUUCGCUGGCCCAUUCGACCGUGGCGAAUAUUCUCAGUCGGUACAGAAGACACUUUAUGACACUCAACUCCUAGUUUUCAGCAGAGUCCCAGAGGUGGAAGAAAUUGAGAUAAUCAUGCCAAAUCAGCAUUACUUCACUAUAGACAUGACAAAGAUGGGUAUCAACAACAAGGAUGAGGUCUAUCUACCUCUGGAUAAUCCCUCAGGAAACAUCACUGGGACUGUAAGAAGAAAACGUGCUAAACUCUAAGAGGAGUCAGAAACAGAAAAAAAAUAUAUUGAGUAACUUCUCUGAAAAGAGAACAUACUCAUUACCCUAUAGACUAAAUUAAAGUGAAUCUUUCCACAUUGACUUAAUUUUCUUCACUAGAACUGAAUUAUAAUACACUGCAACUACUUUGUGGGAUAAAAUAUGGAAACAUCAAUACAAUUUAGGUUUACCAAUGGAUUUUUAUAAAAUCAGUUGAAAGUAGCUGCACUGAAGAUUCACACACACACACACACACACACACACACACACACACACACACAC